AUGUUGGCCCGUGCCUAUUCUAUGACAAGAAAAGAAGAGGCGACAGUGUCUGCUGAAAGUUACAUGAACGAAUGUCUCGCCAGCUGCACGAAUACUUACGGUCCAGAACAUCCGAAAACUUUAUCCGUUCAAGACGAAUUGGCGCGGAUUCUGAUUCAAACCAACAGACAUCGGGAAGCCCUGAAGUUAUUGCGUUCAACCGUGAGUGUAAAAUGUUCGGUCUAUGGUGACUAUUCAGCACCUGUAGCCGACACUCUGACCUUAAUGGCUGCCGUGCACCUUGCUGACAGUGAUUUAGAGCGAGCCUUAAAAGCGUAUCAAAAGUGUUUCGAUAUUCACAUUUCUUUCAUUCUUUUUUUUCUUUCUUUCUGUUUGUUUCUUUUAACCCUUUUCUUUCUUUCUUUCUUUCUUUCUUUCUUUCUUUCUUUCUUUCUGUCAUCCUUUUCUUUCUUUCUUUCUUUCUUUCUUUCUUUCUUUCUUUUUUCUUUCUUUUUUUUUCUUUUUUUUUUAUUUUCGUUCUUUCUUUCUUUCUUUCUUUCUUUCUUUCUUUCUUUCUGUCAGUAUCAUUGCUUUGGCUUUUCUGGGGUUUUUUUCAGUCCUUUUCUUUCUUCCUUUCUUUCUUUCUUUCUUUCUUUUAACACCUUUUGGCUAUUUUCGUUCUUUCUUUCUUUCUUUCUUUCUGUCAUCCUUUUCUUUCUUCCUUUCUUUCUUUCUUUUAACACCUUUUGGCUAUUUUCAUUCAUUCUUUCUUUCUUUAUUUCUUUCUUUCUUUUUGUCAGUAUCAUUGCUUUGGGUUUUCUGGGGUUUUUUUUCAGUCCUUUUCUUUCUUUCUUUCUUCCUUCCUUUCUUUCUUUCUUUCUUUCUUUCUUUCUUUCUUCUGAUAUGACAUCUUUGGCUUCUUUCUUUCUUUCUUUCUUUAUUGUUUCUUUCAUUUAUUUUUAUUAUCUUUCUUUUAGGGUUUUUUUGUUUGUUUCUUUCAGCCUUUCCGAUGAUUUUUUGUUAGCUUCAUUCUUUUAUCUUUUCUUUCUUUCUUUGUUAACCUUUUUGCGUCUUUCUGCUCGUUACUUUUAUCCCUUUUCUUCCUUCCUUUCUUUCUUUCUUUCUUUCUUUCUUUCUUUCUUUCUUUCUUUCUUUCUUUCUUCCUUCCUUUCUUUCUUUCUUUCUUUCUUUCUUUCUUUCUUUCUUUCUUUCUUUCUUUCUUUCUUUCUUUCUUUCUUUCACUUAAUUUCUACAUCAACGGGUAUUAAAUUCUUUCACUUCUUUCCGUUCUCGUCCGGUCUGGCCUCAGCUGAGAAAAAGGCCUUUUUCUUAGCUUCUUUCUUUCUUUUUUCUUUCUUUCUUUCUUUCUUUCUUUCUUUCUUCUAA